AAAAAAAAAAUAUUCAACCAUGUCUUCGGAUUCUCCUCCUGAUACUGUGAAUCCGAUACUGACAUAUGGCGAAACCACCGCUCCACCAGAUGAGCCUUCCUCCACCGUCACCUCCAGUUACAACGCAUCUCCGUCUCCGGUUUCAACGCCUCCGUCGACCUCUCUCUCCUGGCCUCCCGAUGGCAAGCUUACUCUUGACUGGAUCUAUAAUCUCAUGUCCGUCUUUGACUGGGCUUCCCGAAAUCUCCCUCCUGUUAAUUUCCCUUCCGUCUUGCCUGUAUCGGUUUUUGAUUCUCUUGUACUCACUGCUUCAAAGAUCCUUCAUAAAGAACCGAAUUGUGUCAGAAUUGACGACGUUGAUUCGGAUUCAAUGGUUGUCGUCGUUGGCGAUCUUCACGGCCAAUUGCAUGAUACUCUUUUCCUGCUCAGAGAUGCUGGUUUUCCUUCUGAAAAUCGCGUCUUUGUCUUCAACGGAGAUUACGUUGACAGAGGAGCUUGGGGUCUUGAGACCUUUCUGCUUUUGUUAGCCUGGAAGGUUUUUUUGCCACAUAGAGUGUAUCUUCUUCGUGGAAAUCAUGAAUCCAAGUAUUGUACCUCUGUUUAUGGAUUUGAGAAGGAAGUGUUGAUAAAGUAUGGAGAUAAAGGUAAGCAUGUGUAUCGGAAAUGUUUGGGAUGCUUCGAAGGACUUCCUUUGGCCACUAUAAUAGCUGGCAAUGUAUACACUGCUCACGGAGGGCUUUUCCGCAGCAUUCCUGCCACCCCAUCAAAGAGGUCAAAAAAGAAGAAUCGCAGGAUAAGCCUUACCCCCGAAAUCAAUCCCUUUUCUCUUGGUUCUUUGGAAGAAUUAUCUAAAGCUCGAAGAUCUGUUCUUGACCCUCCUUGGGAAGGUCAGAAUUUGAUUCCUGGAGAUGUGCUAUGGUCAGAUCCAUCAAUGAGUCCCGGUCUUUCUCCAAAUACAGAGAGAGGCAUUGGCUUGUUAUGGGGUCCCGAUUGCACUGAGGAGUUCUUAAAGAAGUUUAAUCUAAAGUUAAUCAUCAGAUCACAUGAAGGCCCUGAUGCAAGAGAGAAGAGGCCUGGUUUUGCGGGAAUGGAUGAAGGGUACACCAUAGAUCAUACAGUAGAGACAGGAAAGCUGAUUACCUUGUUUAGUGCUCCAGACUACCCACAAUUUCAGGCAACAGUAGAGAGAUACAAUAAUAAAGGAGCAUACGUUGUUCUGAAGCCCCCAGAAUUCAAUAACCCCGAAUUCCAUAGUUUUGAAGCCAUUCUUCCAAGACCGAAGGUUCAAGCUUACUAUGACUAUGAAGAAGUGAUUGAUUCUGAUGAAGAAUUGGACUUGGCAUCGAUGGUGACUACCCCAUCAGAUAUAAUUGUAUCAACAUAAUUUUUUUUUUUUUUUCUGUUAUAGAUGUAAUUAGUUAUGUCGAAAAACUUCUGUUCCCCCUGAUCUUGUGUAUUGAUCAAUUAUACCUUGCCAUAGGAAGUUAGCUUCCUACCCUUGUUAGCCUCCCACAAUCUGGUCAGCCUUUUCACAAGCCAGCUACAUGUCUGUUUGUCUUUCCCUCUAGUGGUGUUAAAUGAGUAAUAAUUGUCAGAAACGACAGCGAGUUGCUUUCACGGUUUUGUUUCAUGAUGUGUUAGCAUGGUUGUCUGCAUGCCAUUUGGAACAGAACAAAGCAGGUUUUCAGAAUGAGCAAUAAUUCAGGGGGGGCGGAAAGAAUUUUGGCUGGUCGUUGAUCUUGGGGAACCACGUGCGAUCCAUCACAGGCCACGCCAUGAUCAACUUUCAAGGAAUUUCCAGUCGGUUUUCAGCCGGAAAAUCACAUAUAGAAUCCAUUAGCGUCACUUAAAUAAGAUGUAUGGCGGAUUGUAUUACCUUUAAUCAUCAAUAGAAAGGGGAGCCUCUA